AUGUCAGGUAUCUGGCUUCGGUCAUGUGCUUGCGAACCACAGAUUCAGUACGGCCUAGUUUCGGUCUCACGCAGUAUACUGGACCUCAUGGCCAUCAUUGAUUGUGUAGAAGCAGCAUUUCCAUUUGCUGAUAUCAUAGAAUCUUACAAUGACUGGUACGUUCCAACAGCUGUCUCGCCUACAUUGUCUGAGCAUCUUCUCAAAGGUACACAUCCAUACUUGAAAUACCAAGAGUCCGUUCUCUCUCUCUGUGAUGAAGAUGGAGAGCAGUUCUACGGUGCCAUGCUCGAUAUCAUACGUCAUUUCGAAUGCAUGUAUCCUCAUGCAGUUGCCUCAGCCAUCUCUCUUCCCAGCAGCGUCUCGCUGACAGUUCCUGGUACCCGCUCUCACAUACCCGGUGUUCUGCCACUAGAGAUAUUGGAGCGUAUCCUCGCUUUGUGCGGCAAGGCGGAGCGUUUCUCAGCUCGUUCUAUCUGUCGUGACUGGUGCUUCGCUGCAAGCUGCUAUACCCAUCAUGCAAUCGUGUUCCGCAUGAAUACAGAUUGGCAGUAUUGGGUUAACACCCCUCAGGGGAAGAAGGAUGCCGAGCUUUACGCAUUUGCGGUGGAGUUUGUGGUUCUGCACAUCGUGUAUAAGUGGCGUUUCCCUUUGUGGGUGCUCAGUGUCUCCUACUUUGACUGGCCCACUAUGCCUGGACCCAUCUUCUACCGUGCCUUCCCCAAUGUUCGAACUGUGGUGUUCCACGGGAAAUCGUGUCGUCUUCGAAACUAUCCUGUCUUACAUUUUCCUCAGGUUCUACUGCCUUCCAUUGAAUCGCUGCGUAUAGUGCGAUGUUCCCUUCGGAGACAUAGCGUGGAGUACAUGCUGACCAUGUGCCGUAACAUCCUGAUCCAUCUCCUUGCACUCUUUGAUCAGUCUUCAGUUCAGGUUGCACCGGUCACCCGUUCAUUUGAUCUUGAGGAUGCAUGUGACUGGUUGUCACUAACAUGGAAUUGUCCUGACUUCCCCCACCGUCCACAGCUACCUGAUUUUCGUGGCACUCCUCCCCUCUUGCUUCAGCUGUUUCCUGAUCCUCCUCCUGCUACGAAUCGAUAUUUCCUGUGGGACGACAAGGUCUUCCCGGUUUGCCUCUGCAUGUCAUCUGUUGGUGACCUUGAAAUAUGCUUAACGCCAAACCUGGUCUACAUGCUCCCUCGCAUCAUCCGCCACACCGGCGACACCUUGUCCAUGCUGAGAUUGACGUUCCAUGAGUUUAUUCCUUUGCUGUCAUCUGUCAAGCGUGCACGCAAUACGUACUCCUUUUGUCUCGCCGGCUUCACCAUGCUCACUCAGCUGCACGUCGAAGUCAAUGUCCAGGAUCUUAGUCAUGUUUUGCUCUGCUGCGCAUCAUGGUCGUCUUUGGCGCGUGGUUCUGCUGAGUCUGCAUUCCACGUUGUGCUCCUUCAUACAUCCGGAUUAGCUGUCCAGAUAGAGCAGGUGAGGCAAUCGGGUUCAUUUCCGUCUGUUUUAUGCGCAAUGGAUGUGAAUAUGCUUCGUCCCCUCAAAGGUCUUUUUCAGCUGUCGAUCCGGUCUCCGUUUCCAUAUUCCGAUAUGGGACCGCUGGAACGUAGUGUCGAUGGGAUCCUGGAAGAUCUUAAUACGUCCAGUCAGAUUUACGCUGAGAUCGGAGAGUUUACUGUCGACAAGGUGUGGGACUUACUCGAUCUCAUCGACUCUGUCGAGAUGGAUCACAGUCUUUCUGAUCUCGUCGAUUCUUAUAAGGAUGGUUCUCAUCCGUAUUUUCGAUUCCAAGCAUCUAUGAUUGAUUUAGUCUCUAACGGCGGCAACAUUCUCUACUCUUCUCUUCUCCAGUACCUACUCGAUUUUGAGAGCGCUCACCCUGCAGUGGCUGCUGUCAAGUCCAAUCUCUCUGCACGCAAUUCCGUACUUGUCACUUCGACAUCCAAGUUCAUCCCUUCUCAUUUCCCCCCUGAACUUCUGGAUCGUAUAUUCUGUUAUGUCCCAAAAGCGCAGCUGUUCAUCGCUCAUGCUGUUUCGCAGGCCUGGUGCUUUGCAGCUAGCCAGUAUACCCAUUCCAAGAUCGUCUUUCAUCUUCGUCCUAAUUGGCAGCAUUUCCUUGCACCUGACGAUGAGCACAAGCAUGAAGCCGAGGCUUAUGCACUCGUGUAUCAGCUGGCUCUCAUCUGUGUGUCAAUGCAUUGGAAUUUCUCUGUAUGGGUCGAUACAUUGGUGUCUGAGAAUUGGGCUGAGAUACGUGUUCCCUUCUUUUUUCGGGCCCUGAAGAAUGUUCACAUGGUCGCUAUAUGUGGUUUGUCCACCACAGUGAAACACUACCCCUCGAUUCCUUCUUCAUAUAUUCUCCCUGAAUCUGUUCAGUCUCUCCAUUUGUUCCAGUGUUCUCUGCAUAGACACAGCCUGGAAAGCCUUAUCUCUCUCUGCUCUGAUCUCACCUUCCUUGGUGUCAUUGGUGUGCAUUAUGGACAUGUGGUUGUGAGAGCUACUACACUGCCUCAUGUGGCAUGGUGGUGCGUUGAGAGUGGGAUCACUACCUAUCUAUGCGAUGUGGUCAAUAACCCACCUCCUCCUAUGAUCAAAACUUUACGUAUCAAUUUUCUGGAUGAUCUACCCCGUGUACUGUCCACUGCAACUGACCUAUACGGUAUGCCUCCCCUGCUGAAUCAGCUGUUCACACCAGUGGGGAAGGUAUCCUGCAUUGAAGCGUUUCUUGAAGGUGUCGAGGUCUAUCCAGUUAGACUCCGUUUCGGUGCUCUGGAGUCUCUGGAUAUCAGAAUGUCUCGACGCGUCAGUUAUGUCCUCCCUCAGAUUGCAGAAAGUGUAGGAGCUAGUCUUACCGGACUUCAUCUGUUUUUUCCACCCGGUACAAGGUUUAGCCGAAUUCAUGCUUUCACUUUAGAAGGGUUCCUGUGUCUGUGUAAACUGGAGGCAUCCGUUUCCCUCCAGGAUUUGUUGGCGCUUCUCCAUAUGUGCAUGACGUGGUCUGCUCUUGACCUGCAGCAACACUGUGUCCGUGUUUCAGCUGUAUGUCCUCAUGGGACACAAUCGUCUCAAGAACCUGGAUGCCCUUCAGAUUUCUGA